GGGACGUGCUGAAAUAUCUGAACGUCACUGCCACCGCCGCCGCCUUUGGCCAAAGGAGAUCUGUAACUACUGGCGGGUCACUCGCAUUUUGGGAUAGUUGAAGAUCGAAUUAGGAAACCUGUCAACAACAACCAAGGAUUCAAUAUAUAUAUAUAUAUAUAUAUAUACCUACAGGAUACAACAGCGGAAAUAAAAGCUUUUCGCUCCGGUUUAGUGGUUAGUUCAAACGGCUUUAGUUAGAGCUUCACUUUUAGAUCGCCAAGUCAGGUGUAUUUAUUAAACACGUUGUAACGUAUUUCUUUGACUGAGUUGAUUACAGCGAUUGAUGUGAUUCCUAAUUCUACACUAAAUGGUUAUGGAGAAGAAGAGGAUGGAUUGUCCCUCUCUGCCACCGGGCUGGAAGAAAGAAGAAGUGAUCCGGAAGUCAGGGCUCAGUGCUGGCAAGAGUGAUGUCUAUUACUACAGUCCCAAAGGGAAGAAGUUCCGGAGCAAACCCCAGCUGUCCCGUUACCUAGGCAACACGGUGGACCUGGGAUGUUUUGACUUCCGAACGGGCAAGAUGAUGCCCGGCAAGAUGCAGAAGAACAAACAGAGGCUACGGAAUGAGAACCUCACCAUCAACAAGGUUUUGCUACGGUGUGCCCUAAUGAAAACGACUCAGUGGAUGGGUCUAGGAGGAACAGGGGCUGAGUGGGCGUCUCUCUCUCUCUCUCUCUCUCGCUCGCCGUCAUUCCUUUGAGGACAUUCAGCCACUAGAACAUUCUUUGAGAUGUGUGUCAUCAAGCUGAAUUGGCAGACCCUCACUGCCUGUGUACUUUCCCAAAGACACUUUUUGGUACAGAGGUUAGGUUUAUGAGCGGUUGUCCGCGGUAAACAAGACCCAAACCUCAGACUUGAGAGUCGAAAGAUGGAAGAACAAAAUCAAACCCUUCUCUGUGUUCUGUCGCAAGACAAAUGCCCGCUGUAAAUAAUGGACAUUAAAGUUGUAUUGUCUCAGUAACUCAUGGACAUUAAAGUUGUAUUGUCUCUAACUAAUGGACAUUAAAGUUGCAUUGGAUUGUCUCUAACUAAUGGACAUUAAAGUUGUAUUGUCUCUGUAACUAAUGGACAUUAAAGUUGUAUUGUAUUGUCUCAGUAACUAAUGGACAUUAAAUUUGUAUUGGAUUGUCUCUAACUAAUGGACAAUAAAGUUGUAUUGGAUUGUCUCUAACUAAUGGACAUUAAAGUUGUAUUGUAUUGUCUCUGUAACUAAUGGACAUUAAAGUUGUAUUGCCUCUGUAACUAAUGGACAUUAAAGUUGUAUUGGAUUGUCUCAGUAACUAAUGGACAUUAAAGUUGUAUUGUCUCUGUAACUAAUGGACAUUAAAGUUGUAUUGUAUUGUCUCUAACUAAUGGACAUUAAAGUUGUAUUGUCUCUGUAACUAAUUGACAUUAAAGUUGUAUUGUAUUGUCUCUAACUAAUGGACAUUAAAGUUGUAUUGGAUUGUCUCUGUAACUAAUGGACAUUAAAGGUGUAUUGUCUCUAACUAAUGGACAUUAAAGUUGUAUUGGAUUGUCUCUGUAACUAAUGGACAUUAAAGGUGUAUUGUCUCUAACUAAUGGACAUUAAAGUUGUAUUGGAUUGUCUCUGUAACUAAUGGACAUUAAAGGUGUAUUGUCUCUAACUAAUGGACAUUAAAGUUGUAUUGUAUUGUCUCUGUAACUAAUGGACAUUAAAGGUG